AUGAAACCAGUUCCUUCGAGCCGAUUGGAUUCUCAGUUAAUUGAAUCCACCGAGUCCCCGGAAGAAUCUACAACGAUCGGAAGUGAAUUCAACUCAGCGAACUCUUUGUCCGACCCCAUUGCUGGUGACCAUGCGGCGGCCUCAAUACUUUGCGGAAAGGUCUACGGGCGAUUUCGUCGUAAUCAAGCCGCGUUCGGUAUGGAUAGUGAACAGGCUAAUCCAUUUUGCCCCGAUUCAAUCCGUGAAUGUUUAAAACAACUUGAAGAGCUUGCCUCAACAGGCUUUCAGUGUUGCUCUGCUCAAGAGCAGGACGCGAUUCUUUGCAAAAUCCAUGCGUUGAUCAAUUCCAGUUUAUCCAAGAGCUCAACCGCUGAAUGUGAUGAUGAUUGGGGUCGACUGUGCCAAAUUUUGAUGGGUGAAGUUGAUGCGUCGCCAGGACGCCACUCCAACCUACCUAAACGACCUCGGACUGGGCUUAAAAAAUCCCUGACCACACCAAUGUUUUCACAAUUUCUGAAUAAUCUAACACAAUUUGAUACCAAAAAUGUCAGCAACGGUGCGGGGUACUCGCGUUGGUUGACCGGAUUGGAUCCGUUUCUGAUUCGUUUAGCUACUCGACCGGUGAAUCCAUUGUAUCAGGGGAAUGGUCUACUGUGCCAGAUUCAGCAUGGGAUCCUGUCCAGCUCGUCUGCUUAUUCUGACCAUCCGCUUCUCCUGUGGUCUCCACCAAAACCUCCUGAUUUGGAUGGAGAUUGUUCAAGCGCGUUGUUCUUCUCUCUCUGGUCCCCCGAAUUCUCAUCACAAGAGGAACGUCUUGUAGGCUAUGUGGGCAUUCCCGCCAAGUUGUUAUCCGGCUCUGCACGCCUGUGCGAACUGGAUGCGAUCUAUGCAGAUACUGGUUCACGUGCGAAUAUCUUGACUCGGUGGUCCGAUACGUCCAGCACGAUGGACAAUGUGAUUCUGUUCCAUGUGAACUCGGACGAGUCUGCUUCGCCGAAAUCAUUACCGUGUGCAAUGACGCAUAUGUUUCGACCUUUAUUACCAAGUCGUGGAAGUACCAUGUGUUUCAAUCCAUGGCUGACGGAUGAAUGGGCUGUUGCGGGCAAUCACAUCACGUCAGCCGGUGAUCGGACAGCAUUUAUUCGUUUGUAUACCACAGAUUCAACCUUACCUAUCUGGUCCGGUCAGGUGGCACUAGACGAUCCUCGGGAGACAAUAUCUGGAAUAAACCAGGCCUGUUGUGAGAGUGCGGGUUCCGUAAAUGCCGCGGAUAAUGUACAGACUAGCUUAUUUACUGCGUUUGAACCCGGUACGAAAACACAUCCACGAUUUUCUGUGUUCACCGAUGGUCUUCGAUCCGCCCCGUUUGAUCACUUCCUCCGAAUCGGUUACGGAUCAGAUCCGAGUCAGGUAUGCCUGACCACCAGUCAGCGUAUGCUCUUAAUGGACACACGGCAAAAUUCCGUAGCUCAUUGUUUGUUUCAGUUUCGUUCCGGUGAUCCCGCCCUCGACAGCCUGUUCCACUCAACCGAUCGUUUCACUGCUGUUGGCCCACGAUUUCUUGAAGAUUUGUAUGUUCUGGCCGGGACCGCGUACAACAUGCUGGUUUUGGAUAAACGUAUGCCCACUCGUCCUGUGUUACACUGGACUCAUUCAUUAUUCGGUGAGCCAACCUAUUUGAACUGGACCAAACCAAGCGGUUCAUUGCGGACCCAAUAUGAUUUGCCCGAAUUGUUCGUAACCACGUGUUCACAAAAUCCUCCGGGCGUUGCUUGUGUCGGGUUGAAUUUGACCGGCAAAGCUGGGUGUCAACUUGUCGGGCCCACUUGUUCCGGUGCUGCGUUAACGAAAGUGCUCACUGGUGCACAGAAUGAGUUGCCCAGUCAAUUAAUGACCAAUAAAGUUGUCAAUCGACGUUUGCAGUGCACCACAUUUUGCGGUUUGACCACGAAUGUGAUGUCCCACACGAAAAACGAUUGUCACUAUCUG